AAAAAAAACUUUGUGCGCAGAAGAAAAUAACAGAAACACACAGAGAAGAAGAGUGAGAGAAACUAGAGAGAAGAAAUGUCAAGGUUUCUUCGUUCUACGUUAAUGGCGGUUACGAGUUUCUGUUGAUUUCUCUUCCAACCUUAAGAAAUCUUCACUUCAAUCUUCACUUCAAUCUUCACUUUAGCCUCUAUCUACUCCGUUUCCUUCUAUAUCUCUUCUUCUUCCUCCAAGAACCCUAAAUUUCGCUCCCUCCGACCACCGUACUGACUUCACCGGCUCAAUUCAGGGAUCUACGGUGGUGAUAGUUAGCUAUGGCCGCUCCGGUAAACACCAAUUCGAUGCAGAGAGUGAAGAUUUAUCGUUUGAAUGAAGAUGGUAAAUGGGAUGAUCGAGGAACUGGACUCGUUACUAUGGACUAUAUUGAGCGAUCGGAAGAACUCGGUCUAUAUGUAAUUGAUGAAGAUGAUAAUGCGACAUUGCUUGUACACCACAUAAGCACUGAGAAUAUCUACACGCAGCAAGAAGACUCAAUUAUCUCAUGGAGUGAACCAGAGGGCUCAGCAGAAUUGGCUUUGAGCUUUCAAGAGACUGCGGGAUGCACUUACGUAUGGAAUCAAAUAUUCAGUAUGAAACAAGUUCUACAUUUCAAUUCUCUGAACGGCGAAACUUUUGACAACGUGAUCAGUGAGUUGAAGAAGCUUCCUGAUGUCAGCCGUUCUAAUCUUGACCUAAUACUCAAGAAUCUUACUGAAUAUGGCAGCACAGAUCAGAUGCGAGUAAUCGAACUUAUAUUGAAGGAUGGUACUUUCUUUCAGAAAUUGAUGGGUGUAUUUGAAGUCUGUGAGAGAAACAAAGAUGUUGAAGGCCUUCACAUCAUGUUCAAUAUUGUUAAAGAAAUCAUUUCGCUCAACAGUUCUCAGAUCCUGGAUAUUAUCUUAGGGGAUCAACUGUUCAUGAGAAUUUUUGGGUGCCUUGAGUAUGAUCCCGAUGUUCCCAAUUCUCAACAUCACCGGACUUUUCUGGAGGGUGUUGUUUUUAAGGAGGCUAUACCAAUUAAGAAUCUCCUGGUUCUGUCGAAGAUACACCAAACAUACAGAAUUAGUUAUCUGAAGGAUUUUGUUUUGACGAAUGUACAUGCUGCUAUAUCCACACACCUAGAUACAGUAAUCAAUGCAAACAAUGCUGCUGUUGUUACACUGCUGAAGAAUGACAUCAAAGAGUCAUUUGCAAGGUUACAGUCACCUUCUACAUCUGAUGAAUCAAGGAAUAAUUUGGUGCACUUUUUGCACGAAUUUUUUAGUUUAACCAAGAGUGCACAGCAGGUAUCGGUCUCGAGGGAACUUAUUAAUGAUGGUCUUCUUGACAUCAUUACAGAAGUCUUGAAGAGCCCAGAUAGGAUACUGGUAUUAAUGGGGGCACAAAUUCUAAAUAAUUUGUGGUCUCAAGAUGCCACCCUCUUCUGUUCUUAUGUUGUUCGGCUGGAAACUCCCCUCCUUGGUCUCUUGGUUAAGGGAAUGAUGGAAGAUGUUGAUGAUCAAACAAAAUGCCAGUUUGUGGAAAUUAUUAAAAAUGUAUUGGGAUUUGGUGGAAUUCAGUUGAAUUGCUCUGAUAAGCAGAAGAAGAUACAAGGGAUCAUUUUCGAUACUUUCUGUGAGAAGCAUCUACCUGACUUAGUUGAUUUCAUAAUGGUCUCAUGUCCUGAAAGACCCGGUGAUACAUCUGAAGGUGCAUCUGUAAGAGUUGGCAGCCAUUGUGGGGCAAAAACCGAAGUCCUAUUGCACAUUAGUGAAUUGCUGUGUUCUUGUGUUCAGCUGGAUCCAUCCAGGACAAAUUUUCUCCAUAACAAUGUGAUAAAAAAGGUUUUGCUUCUCACACGAAGAAAGGAAAAACCCCUAGUGGCUGCGGCUAUUCGAUUUGUCCGCACUCUCCUCUCUGUCCAUAAUCACAAUGUUCAGAGUUACAUUGUCAAGAACAACUCGCUGAAACCGAUUAUAGAAGUUUUUGCUGCCAAUGGUCACCGGAACAAUAUGCUGAAUUCUGCUGUUUUGCAGCUUUUUGAGCAAAUAAGCAAGAAAAAUGUAGCGUUGGUGAAAUACGUAGUUGAUACAUUUUGGGACCAGUUAGCUCCAUUUGCAUACCUGCUUCCCGUCCAGAAUUUCAAAACGAUAUAUGAGAAUUGCAUAGAAAGUAAGGAACCAAAGAGCACCAAUGGUCAAUCUGAUAUGAGACAAGAUGCUCUGCAUGAAGAAAAGUCAGCUGAGCCCCAUAAUUCCAAUGUCACAGCUGCAAGUUCUCCUUCUCGGGGCAAGAGGUCUGGAGGUUUGGUUGAUUCUGAGGAUGACAAAAGUGAUGAAGACUGUAAAAGACAGAAGCUCACUUCAACAAGUGAAGGAAAUAAGAACUCCCCAGAACAAGGUGACGAAGCUAUGAAGGAACCUGGAGAACUCUAGGAGCUUAAUGAAGAUAGCAAUAGUUUAGAUGAAAAAAAAUUACAAUACGCAGAUGUAAAGAGAUGUUGAGAUUGACAUUGUUGAGAAUAGAUAGGAUUUUUUUGGUGUGUAGAAAGCAGAGUCCACAGAGAUACAAAUCAGUAAAUAGGCGAGAGGAGGAAAUAUGAGAACCACAAAAAGAAGAAAACUGUGUAUAGUCACAAUAGAUUUUCUUGAAGACAAUUCGAUGGUCUGUGUAAAUGAGUCUGCAAUUGCUUUUUGUAUAAACGCAAUUUGGGUAUUUUUCCUUGCUUGUAGUUCCACAAGUGAAGAUAGAGACUA